CACAUUUUAUAUUACCAAAGUACCCUUGGUUACUUCCAUCUAUAUAUAGUUUACAUCACAUGACACUCAAGACACAUAUCCAAAAAAAACAAAAGGGAGACUAAUUAAAAGAACUGAUCAAGAAGAAUGGGUUCCCUAGGAGAAGAAGCACAAGUAGCAGAAGACUGCAUGGGUUUACUUCAGCUCCUAAGCAACGGCACCGUUUUAAGGUCCAAGAGCAUUGACCUUAUCACCCAACAAAUCCCAUUCAAAAGCCACCAAACCGUUGUAUUCAAAGACUCCAUCUAUCACAAACCAAACAAUCUUCACCUCCGUCUCUACAAACCCAUUUCAGCCACCAACCGUACCACCAUCCCCGUCGUGGUCUUCUUCCACGGUGGUGGCUUCUGCUUUGGCUCACGUUCUUGGCCUCACUUUCACAACUUCUGUCUAACCCUCGCAUCUUCCCUCCAAGCACUUGUGGUCGCACCCGACUACAGGUUAGCACCUGAACACCGCCUCCCCGCUGCCUUCGAGGAUGCCGAGGCUGCGCUCGUAUGGCUCCAAGACCAGGCUCUUUCAGGUGAUGCGGACCACUGGUUUGAAGAUGGACCGGGGGUUGACUUUGACCGUGUUUUUGUUGUGGGUGACUCCUCCGGUGGGAACAUAGCUCAUCAACUCGCUGUCCGCUCAGGAUCCGGUUCGGUCGAGUUGACACCGGUUCGGGUUCGUGGUUACGUUCUCUUGGGGCCGUUUUUUGGCGGGGAGGAGAGGACUAAGUCGGAAGAUGGCCCAAGUGAAGCUUUGCUCAACUUGGAUUUGCUUGACAAGUUUUGGAGAUUGUCACUACCAAAAGAUGCAACAAGAAAUCAUCCCAUGGCUAACCCUUUUGGACCGAUGAGCCCUAGACUCGAAUCAGUCAGCCUAGAGCCAAUGUUGGUGAUUGUCGGCGGCUCAGAACUCUUAAGAGAUAGGGCUAAAGAGUAUGCAUGUAAAUUGAAGAGGAUGGGAGGCAAAAAAGUAGAUUACAUUGAAUUUAAAAACGAGGAGCAUGGCUUCUACUCUAACAAUCCAUCUUCCGAGGCUGCGGAACAAGUUCUUGGUAUCAUUAGAGACUUUAUGAACAACUUGUCUUAUUUAUUUUAGCAUUUUGGCUUGUUUUGAAGGUAAUUUUUUUUUUGUUUGUCAAAGAUAAAGUUUAAGCUUGUCGAAGGUAACUAAGAGUUUGAUUUAAUUAGAAUGCCAUGUCAACA